UUUCCUGCGAAAGUGACCGUUAGUUGUGUCUGGAGCGGAGGCGGGUAAAAAGUAAACAAACAGAUGGAUCUCUACACAUUAUUUUAAUGUAUCGAAAAGUGUUAAAGGUAUAUUGCUAAGAAAUAUUCUUGGGACUGUUUGUAAACGCUGCAUUCCUUAAAUGUGACUUCAUUGUAUUCUAAAGUUGGCGCAGUUUUGUUGGACGAGUACAGUUGUACACACACACAGGCAGCUGUUGUUGGCUAGCCAAACUACCUACCCAACCUAGCAUGCUAAACUUGCUAGCUGCAAGACGAGAUUAGCAAGCAACAAACUUGGUUGUUUCGUGGUCGUCAAGUCGCUAAUGUGUUUGUUCAAUGUCGAAUUAACGAAACACGCCGUGUAAGAAAUGGAGGACUAUGAUAAAUUCAUACAAUACCAACUUUCCCAACUGAAGAAGAGGAGGGGGAGUAACGAGAACCAACUGACAGAAUCAUCCGUUUUCACUCGCCACAGCUCAUCAGCCAUUCGUUUCCAUGGCUUGCCCAUCCUUCCUCCCUUGCUCAGCGGAGAGCAGAGAGCGCAGAUGCGGGGUCACAGACUGGCGGCAAAGACUACGAGUAGGGAGAAACCUGACCCAAGGAUGUUUUACGUUCAGAGCAUUCUACAGAGUGUUCAGCUGAGGCUAGCACCAACAGUGGAGGAGUUCUUUCAGGGUGAACCUGGACUGAUGUUAGCUAAAAACGCCAACUUCCACGCCGGCACCGGUCGCCAUGGUCAAGCUUCGCUGAAUGAUGUCGCUACAGCCAGCCUUACCGAGUCAGUCUCACCACUGAACCGAACCCUGAUGCAUGAGGGGAAAUCUGGUGCCCUGGUCCCAGGUCCUUGCCUGACGUCGACAACCUGCAGUGCCUCUGCGACGAAUCACCUUGCGGCAUUCGAUAACGGCACCGCUGUGACGGACGCCCUGCCUGACAGUUUGCCAUGUGACCCGCUGACACGUUCCCACGCUCGUGAGACAACGCGGGGCAGUGAGCAGACAGAGACCCCGAUGUGGGAGAACCUCGCGGCCAACCGGGACGGGGGCAUCAGCCCUGGGUGUGUCCUGGCGGAAGACCUCAGGUCGGGAACGAACGUGGACCUCCUAGCCGACAUUAGCCACCGGUCGGAGUCUUCCGGGUAUGUGACUUACGAGAACGCGGAGGCCGCCGGUGCCUGGAGUCGGCCCGAGGCCUGGGGGAGCCUUACGUCAGGGCCUGGGGGGUCACCGAUAUGCACCGGGACUUUUUUCCUGCACAGCACCUUGGACCCGAACGCAACCAAGGCCUGCGCGAUCAUCAGCCAUCCCCCGGUGGACGCAGAAGACUUGGAUGAGGGGUCGCCCGCGUGCGACGUCGCCGUCGAACUGGUCUGGUCGGCGGCGGAAGCAGGCUCCGCACGGACUCUGUGUAGUGGCAACCUUGCGUCGCCAGCUCAUUCCCAGGCGGGGGUGGAGUCUUCGCCCGCGCACGGCGACAGUGUCACGCCGCGUCCAAUGGGAGACCUCGCAGGAAGUCAGCCGGGGAAGGAAGAGCAGCGGUCAUCAUGGUUACCUCCAUGCCUCCCUGAACCCGGGACAUUGGCCUCUCCCCAGGCUGAGGCCUCCGCGCCGGACCUUCUAGAACCAGGUCAGAACCCUCUUUCCAAUCCACUGCUGGACGCGGAGCUGGUCCGACCCAACGGGCCUUACCGGCUGAGCCUCCAGACUCUUCUGAAGAAGUCCCACGUAGCGUUAAACCUUCCCAAACCAGUGAGGAGCCAACCGGAACCAAAACCGGCACCGAACAGCCGUACCGGGGGAGUAGACCCGGACCUCGAGACGGGGGCUCCGGACCGGCCAUACCGGCUCAGUCUCCAGACCCUGCUGAAGAAGUCCCAGGAGCAUCGUCGGCGCCAGCGCCAGCUGAAGAACCAGGCCAGGUCCGGGUCCACUGGUCCGGUCAGGAUUGGGGAGACCGUAACACGCCCGCAGAUAGCAGAGGAAGAGGAGGAGCAUGGCUUCUCUGACAAGGAGAACGAGGAGUUCUCCCGGUCAGGAAGCGUGGUGGCGGCAGAAGGAGUGAAAACUGUAGAUCGGGAUCAGGGGAAGGACCCUCCGGAGAUUGCCGUUUUGUCUACCGGGCCGCAACCGCCGGAGAAAUUCCCGAUGGACGCGUGGGUUCAACCAGAAGAUGGCAAGGACCAGGCAGGAAUGGAGGGAGUAGCGAGAUCCCAGGAAAAACAGUCUUCUGAAGGAAUCCUGACGGAAUGGGAGUCUGGAAACGGGCCUGGGCUUUUAGAAGACAGACAAAUCCAAUCUCAUCCAGGACCGGGGCUUGACGUAGAGCUCCACCUCGCGCCAGACGUCUCCGCAGCUCUGCCCAAUCUUCCACAUCCCAUCCCAGCCGCCGCCUCCCCGGCCCAGGAAUCCUUCUACCUGGUCAGGGAGAAGAGCCACGUCCCUGGCCCGCCGAGGCCUUCCUCCCUCAGAGCUGGCAAGUUCCAGACUGUCCCUUCGCCUCAGUUUUGCAUGAGCCCCGUCCGACGCAAGGGUGGUGUGGCCCGCGGGGGGGGUGGUGGCGGCGCUGCCAAAAGGCAACUCCAAGUCAACGCGCCUUUGAAUAUCGACAGCAAGGUCCGCUCAGGGACAGGCAUGCGGGAGGGUCUCCGCGGGGGCCGAGGGGAUUCAGACAGAGCUCCCCUAGCUGCCGGGGGUGGUAUGACGAGGACGGCGUCUCUGGGUCGAAGCUCCUUGGGUCAGGCGGACGAGAUGGCCCAGCUGGAGCUGAACCUGUCCAGCCUCAAAACCCUCAUCUCCGACUUGGAGUCCAAGCUCAUAGAAACCCCGGGUAACCAGCGGACAAGCAACAGCCACGCGACGGACGACGUAGAACCGUCAUCCAAACACACGGACUGCCAGACACCUGAUAGGCAGGCUGAUAACUUUGGCGACCUCAACGCCGACCUGCCCGGUAACUUCCGAGAUUACCAGACGGCGCCGUGCCACCGGACUGAGAGGAACCUCGCCGAAACCUCUGACGCCGUGGCGACGUUGGCCGGAGGGGUGGCGAGGAACGUCCCCGGUUGCGGAAGGCCAGGCAGUCGUCAGCAGCCUACCGCGGCGCGCCCCGUCACGUCGCUCGCUCAGAAGAUGAGAGUGGCCGACGUCUUCCGGAAGGUUCCGCCCAACGUAGUCCAGGUCCCGGCUUCGCGACAAACGCCGGUCUCCAUCCUCUCGGACGCCAGCAAUGUCCGUCGUCAACCAGCGGGCGACCGGAGCGGUCGGGAGGAGCCUGCCCCGAGCCUGUCCGUCAACGAAUCUUACGACGUCGAGACGCCCUCGGGACUGUGGCUCCGAGGCGGGUCGGGGUCAGAGGGGUCGUCGGAAGGUCACCGCCCCGGGGGGAAGCAGCUGACCCCGGAGAACGCAGGCGGGGGGCUGGGAGGAGCGUCGCGGGCCAAACGGAGGCUGGUCAUGCAGAAGACAGAGGGGAGUGAGGGAGGCGCAGGAGAAGAGCUGGGGGUCCGGCCUCAGUCCAGUACCCCGAAAGCUGUGGGGAGGUCCCGUGGUCAGGAGAACCAGCGGCUCCAGCUGAAGGAGGCCCACGUAGCCCAGGUCAGAGCUCUGAAGGAGGCGCAGAGGAGACAGCAGCAACAGCUACUGCAGACUCUAUCCAUGCGUUACCAACAACUUCAGAGUUUGUCCUUCCCCGUUUCCUCACGAGCCACGUUCAGCUUAUGUCCAGGAGAGGAGAAGACCUCCCUCCACUGCUCCUCUUUCCCUCCCUCCUCCCCACCCAUGGGACCCUGCUCCUUCUUAGAAUUGGACUCCCCCUCACAGCCUGUCAGUGGUCUGUCUGUGCGGUACUGCCCCCUGGUGGCAGCAGCAGUGAAGGGCUUUCUGACCAGGAGGCUCCUCCGCACAGAGAGGGUCGGACAGCUGCUCCGAACCAUCAAGGACUCGCAGCAGUUUCUGCAGGCCUUCCAGACCCCUGGCAGAGAGUUCACCAGCAGACAGGACCAGGUGCUACAUGAGCGAGUCCAGCUGCAGUCAUUGUCCGCUAUUGUGCCUGGUUUGUUUCAGCUCCGGUCGGCUCGAUACGAGGUCCAGGACAUCUUCUUCAGCCUGCCGCCUGGAGAGAGGAUGAAGAUCAUCAGCAGAGACAGACGGCGGAUUAGAGAGAGAGACAUGAGACACAAGGCUGGGCAACCAGGGUUGACGAAGAGCUCUCUGUCUGCUGCCACUCUGAAAGCCCUGGAGAGGAAGACCGCAACGAUGACACAGAGAAAAGCAGCAGAGAAGCGCAGAGGGACAGGUGUUGUAGCUGGGCCUGUGACCGGGCAGAGGGGCCCUCCGACAGGAGCAGACAGGAGCGUUGUGAGGACAACUCGUGGUUCUUUUCGACCCAAUCCUCAAAGAGUUCCCAAGAACAUCCCAGCCCGCCGGUCUCGAUGAAGACGUUCUACUGAACGGAUCAGGGCUGUGUUCAUUUGGACACGCAGGCUUUGAGUUGCAAAGUUUUGUAACGAAAUAAAGGAUACUAGGCUUUGGAUACUGUUGAUAGAGAAAACAACAUUAAAUCCGUCUGCCGGUGACCCACUCCCGGCCCAUAUCCCCUGGUCAAAAGUAGUGCGCUGUUAAGGGAGUAGACGGCCAUUUGGGACAUAUUUGACAAUCUACUCUCACCUGAAGUACUCAGUGCUUUGUUUUGAAUAGCACCGUUUCUGUGAUGUUAGUUAUGUAAAUUGUUUUGCAUUUUAUACUAUUUAUCUGUUUCUUCUGUUUUUGAUACAUUGUUGAGAUGGGAAUGCAACCCGAGCAUAGUGAACCAGUCUAUUUUUGAAGGUCUGUUUUCAAAGCGUUUCUCUUUCCUACUGUUUUUUCUACGUGUUCUAAAUUAUUUGGUAUUUAUUUAUGUGGUUUCCAAUAAAAACAGUUGGCAAAAAAUGUGU